UCCAUGAAAACAGCGGUUAGAGUGAGUGCCGCGUAAAAGGACGUGUUUACUUGUAUUAUAAAUAAAACCUUCUCUAUUUGCCUAUCAAACUCUUCAUUACCAGACCUCCUCUCAUUUCCCAAGCUUCUGUCUCUCACUCAUGGCAUCUCAAGAUAGAGGGCGUGCAUUGCCCAAGUUUGGAGAGUGGGAUGUAAAUAACCCAGCAACAGCCGAAGGAUUUAGUGUAAUAUUCAACAGGGCUCGAGAUGAGAAGAAGGCCAGCAGUGAUGGUGGGAAAACUUCGACCCCCCCAAGAAAUGACAGUGUGUACAAAACAAGUGAUUACUCUCAGUAUUCUCCAAAGAGAAAGUGGCUAUGCUGUGGUUGAAGCCACUUUCAUCUUUCAGAGACUUGAUAUUAGGUGGACCAUUGCAAUUUCUUGCUUUGUAUUUUCUUUUCAAAAAUUUCUUUGAUUAGUAUCAGUAAAUGGAAAUUUGACAUAAAUUUUUCGUGGGAGUUAUUAACAAACUCAGGCGGUCAUUGGUUUUAUGAGUUCUUUUGUUGGGUCGUAUAAGCUCAAACAUCAUUUCUCUUAAUAUACUAUGCUGUUAUCUUCAUUUCAUGUAUGGCAAUAAAAUGAGGAAGCCUCAAAUUCAGCUAAAUGCUAUAUUUCAACUAUAAAAUUUCCGCCAACAGACUGUCGUUGACUAUUGGUCUAAGAAUCUGUUGUAGCAGAAAGCGGGAACUCUCAAAACUCUACAAGAAUUAAAACAUACAAAGUAAAAAACCCUUUUACGACGCGCUGAGGGAAUUCUUAAAUCAACAUUUAUGUGAGUUGAUUGAGACAUAUUCA